CGCUCCUGCCAAUGGUUUUCGGAGGAUAGCACUUUUAGGAUAUCUCAUUCAUCGCCUUCCAUCUUUACAUCCGACGUCCCUCAACUCCUGUCAAUGAUUGGAAUCUAAACGGACAAAACCUGUGAUAACCUCGCGCGACGGGAGUUCCUGGUCACCUCAGGUGUAUCCUUGUCCACUGUUCCCGCGUUGCUUGCGACAGAAUGGCCGGUCCGCCAAACCCAUUUGCUGGCCUUAGCCAGAAAGACGGCACAACGGGAACAGUAGGUCGUGGACGUGGUGGGACACUUGGACGUUCGGCGCCUCAUCAAGCCAAAAAUGGAAAUGCGCCUCAUAACCCCAGAGCCCGUGGUCGCGGACGCGGAGCAAUGUCGGCUCCCAGGGCUACUCGUGGCCACGCCCGGGCGGGUGGUGCAGUGGGAAAUACCUGGCGCAAACCCGACUCGAACGGUGGUCCAUCCGCAAAUUCGGCUUCGCCAUUCGCUCAAUUGAAACAGAAUGGGAAUCAACCUUCUCCGUCGCCCUUCGCUGGGAAGACUGCACCGCAAAAACCUUUGUUUCCCGGGUUUGGGAAAGCGCCGUCAUUUGGGGCUCCUUCCACUUUUGAUGGGACCCAGGUCGAUUCAAGCCGUGAUCCCCGAAAGCGGCCUUCCUCAAUACGACCGAAUGGUGCGACGAUGUCCAGUGUACCUGUCGAAGAUGCGACUGCUUCAAACAACUACAACGAUCGCUACGAACAGCUCAAACUCGAUAGGGCUAAACAGAGAGAGAAAGCAAUCAGGGAAGGACAAAUGGCCGAUCCAAACCAACCAACUUCUUUGAACCAAGCUAUUACACCUGUCGGGACAUGUACUAGCAUGUGUCCCGAGUUUGAACGCGUUGAGCGCAUCGUUCAGAAGAUGGUUGAUAAGAGCGAAAAGUUGCUUCAUCCUUCAACGAAUUCGUUGCAGAACCUGGAAACGAAAAUGCUCAAACGUUUCCGAAGAUCGGCUGCUGGCUAUGACGAGCAACUUCCAUCCGAUAUUCGAACACCAAAGACCCUUCUCCAGACCAUGAACUACUUAAUCCGUCAUGUAAUCGGCGGACCCGAGCCCCUGGGGCUGAUCCACAAGUUCGUUUGGGAUCGAACUCGAUCUAUUCGCAAUGAUUUCUCAGUCCAACAACUCACUCAGGAAGAGCAUGUAAAAAUGGCCGUCACCUGUCUCGAAAGGAUUGCUCGUUUCCACAUUGUAUCGCUCCACUUGCUUUCUAGCCCUGCCAACGAAGAACCGUUCGAUCAUCACCAGGAACGUGAACAGCUUAAUAAUACGAUGUUGUCGCUGAUGUACUACUACGACGACAAUCGGGGUCGCAUCUCGUUUCCAAACGAAGAUGAAUUCCGCGCGUACUAUAUUAUCUUUUCCAUUCUCGAUCAGCGGCCCGACUUGGAAGCGCGUGUCCAGAAGUGGCCAGCUGAACUACGCAAUUCUCCGCGAGUUCAAUUAGCACUGGAACUACUGGCUGCUGCUGGUAAUGGGUGGGAGUAUCAGGGAACGCUCGACUCUAAAAGGCAAAACGCAAUUGCACAGGGCUUUUACGAGCGCUUUUUCAGUCUUGUGGACUCUCCGGCUGUCUCGUAUUUGAUGGCCUGUGUUGCAGAGAUCUACUUCAACAACGUGCGACUGACUGCUAUCCGCUCGAUUUGGAAGGGGUAUUGCCGCUAUCCAUCUUCUCAGCAACAUAAAAACGAAGAAUGGACUGUAGAUGAGUUAACAAGAGUGCUAUACUUUGACGACACUGAACAGACUAUCAAGUUUUGCGAAGAACAGGACUUAGAAUUUGCUGAGAACGCAAAUGGCGACCUAUAUUUGAAUUGGGGAAACCGUAACAUUGACUCAGUUGAGUUCCGAAGAACAUCAGACCAUACAUUCUCAGAGACAUAUGUCGAGUCAAAGCGUGCAGGCCGCACAUUAGUCGCAAUCAUUCUUGGUUUGAAUAUCACGCAAGCAGCACAACUAGGGAUGGUUGACAGCUCAGCUCUACAAGAGCGCCCUCUGGCUUUGCCUGCACCAACACCGGGGGCUUCUGCAGACGACGAUGCACUCUUCGUCAGCGAUGACGAUAACGAGACACCACAGCCAAGCGGGAACUUUGCGCAGGAUGGAUCAGGACAGGAUUUACCGACAUCCGCAGAUAGUCUUCGCGGGGCUUUUGGGGAAUCGUCACAAACAUCAACAAGUGCUGAGCCGAUACAAACAGCAUGCAUAUUCUCCCAGACGCCUAGUGCAUUACAGCCGUCUGAGAGUGCUAAUCCACUGUCCACUUUGUUCGCGACUGGUCCCUCGGCUAGUGCUCCCACGGCAUCGGCGCCGUCUACCCCAUUUGCAGACCUGUCCUCUCUCACAUCCUCGAAGACACCUGAGACAAAUAACAUCAGUUCUCCAUUCUCCUUUGGGCCAAAUAAUUCGCAGUCCACAUCCAUUUUUACCGCAGCACCAAGUCCGGUCUCGCAGCAAGUACAGAAAGACAAACCCGAUGCGCCUAAUACUAUCUCCACGGCACCCACCUCCAAGGUCCCUAGUCUAUUUCAACCCAGUACGACACCGACCAAUUCGCCUUUUACUUUUCCGACAACCUUAUCAGAUGCCAAGCCUCAAACUGCUGGGUUGACUGCUGGCCAGCCUUCCAGUAUAUUUGAUACCACCAAUGCACCAAUCCCUGCAGGCGCGCCUAGCGCCAUGUUCAAUACCACUGCUCAGAGCACUAUUUCUAGCGAUAUAGGGGGCCCGCUCCAGAGAAACUCUCCGAAAUUCCCGCAGGGACCCUUUGCGCAGCCCCCAGCAGCCUUUCCGUCGCCAUUUGCAUCGAAAAAUAACGAGAUCCCCAAGCCCACGUUACCCGACUCAACCCUUAGGCAGGGAAGUUCUAUUCUUGGGAAGCACACAGAUAGCAAUAUAGGGCAAGAACACCCUGCAAAACCUGAAGCACCUACGUUCACAAAAACAACAGCUGAGGAGCCUGCAUUGAGGGACAAGCUUCCUUCAUUACACAGUAAUGACGCUACCCAACAACAGCAGGAGAUGAAUUCAUCAUCACUAGCAGAAACUAAACCAGAAGAACUUACGGCCCCUGCAACAUCCAUCAAACAAGACAAUCUAAAUGCCAUAUCUCCUUUACCUACUCCUUUAGCUACAGAGCCUACAGAGCCUACUGUAGAUGAGGCGAAUUCUGUCGAUCCCGAUGCGAACGAUCGACGUUUGGCUUGGAUAGAAACCUUAAGAGAAGCAGCUGAUAAGCGACGGAGGACCUCUUCGACAAGUCGCAAGCGAGUCCAUGAAGACCCAGAAGAAGAAUUGCCGAUAGAAACUGGCUCUAAGGCUGCGAAAGUACCGAAAGCGGAAACUCCGGCGUUACAUAAAAAGUCAAUGGCGCUUUCCUCUAUCAAACCUCUACCAAAGCUUCCUAUCCUAGAGCAAAUCGAGUCAAUGACGCGGAAGCCGGCAGCCGAACCCAAACCCGAGCCUCCAAAGCCGAAUCAAGUUGACGAGGAUGAAAUCCUCCUCUCUGCUGCCCGUAUAGCCGCUGAAUCUCUCAGGAGUGGUCCAAGACUUAUAGAAAACUGGUCUACUCGGUCAUCUGAACCUCGGCGCUCGUCUUUCAGCCCUCGAAGCAGCUUCUCUUCGUCAUAUUCUUUCUCCCGGAGUCAAUCACCCCAAUCACUUGUGAACGGGUAUGACCUUGCGCUUGCCCCUGAUACCGAUCUCGGACUGGGCCGCACAUUGUCUCGCACCGAACAAAGACUUCGUAUGACGGGUGGCAAAGGGCUGGCCUAUAAGCCACUGGACUUUACCCCUAAAAAGAAACGAAAAUCUAAAUAGAGACCGUUGGGUAAUCAACAACACGAUUGCACAUCCAUGGGAAACUUUAUCCCAUACUGUUACAUGCGUUCGAGGCUGACAUUGGCUCUUUC